AUGUUCUGGCCCACUAGGAAGAACAUCAAGACUGCCCUGGAGGUCUUUGCUCUUUUCCAGUGGGCCCUCAGUGUCUUGGUUAUAGUAACCACUGUGAUCCUUGUCAACCUCUACUUGGUGGUGUUCACAUCGUACUGGCCUGCCACUGUGCUGAUGCUCAUCUGGCUGGCUUUUGACUGGAAGACCCCUGAGCGAGGUGGCCGCCGGUUCACCUGUGUGAGGAGGUGGCGUCUGUGGAAACACUACUGUGAUUACUUCCCAAUCAAGAUCUUGAAGACACACGAUAUUUCCCCCAGCCACAACUACAUCCUUGCCUGCCAUCCUCAUGGGCUCAUGUCCCAUUCAUGCUUUGGCCACUUUGCCACUGAAACAUCAGGCUUCACCAAGAUCUUUCCUGGUAUCACUCCUUAUAUGCUCACGCUAGGAGCCUUUUUCUGGGUACCUUUCCUCAGAGACUAUGUAAUGUCUACAGGGGCGUGCUCUGUGAGCCAAGCCUCCAUGGACUUUCUGCUUACCCGUAAGGGCACAGGCAACAUGCUUGUCGUGGUGGUUGGUGGCCUGGCUGAAUGCAAACACAGCUGGCCAGGCUCUACUACCCUGGUCCUGAAGAAGCGGUAUGGCUUUGUGCGCACGGCCCUUCGACAUGGGGUGUCUCUAAUCCCUGCUUAUGUCUUUGGAGAGACAGACCUCUAUGACCAGUAUAUUUUCACUCCCGGGGGCUUUAUCAAUCGCUUCCAGAAGUGGUUCCAGAAGAUGGUACACGUCUACCCCUGUGCUUUCUAUGGGCGUGGCUUUACCAAGAACUCCUGGGGCCUUCUGCCCUAUUCUCAGCCAGUAACUACUGUUGUCGGGGAACCUCUACCACUGCCCAAGAUUGAGAAUCCGAGCCAGGAGAUUGUGGCCAAAUACCACACACUCUAUAUUGAUGCCCUACGCAAAUUGUUUGAUCAACAUAAGACCAAGUUUGGCAUCUCAGAGACCCAGGAGCUGGUGAUACUUUGAAACACAUUCCCCUGGCUGGCUGGUGUGGAACUUUUGACAACAGCAGUGUUACCUAUGGAGCUUCACUUCUGACUGGAGCAGUCCUCCCUGGAGGGAGGGGUGUGUGUCCAUUUGGUUGGUUUCUGUGAUCACCGUUUCCACUUCCAUCUCUUUCUUCUAGGUUUUCCCUUUUCCCCCGAGACAGAGAAGACCCUAGGAGAGGUUCACUGAAACCUGGGAUAGAAUAAACAGCCCAUCUCUGGUACGGUGUGCUCUAGCUAGUCUGUUUGGAGGGCUCUAGGACCUUGUGUGUCUGUCAUUCUCCUGACUUCAAGACUCUUCUUACAGGACUGGGGACCUGGAGAGCCAGGGGACAUUGGGUUCAGACAGCAGCACAUUCAAGACCUGUGAUUUUUAGGGGGCAAUCCAUCACCUCUUAUCAUCAUCCUGUUCUUCAACUGUAAAAUGGGACUAAUAAUCCUUCCCCUGCUUACCUCAAGUUGGCAAGUUUAAAUGCUACUGCAUGUUACUAAACUCGGUAAACUGGACAAAAAAAAAGCUACACAAAAUUAUUCUCUUCCAGCCAUCUAACCCAUUUCCUGUCCCUAGGCAAACAAUGUCUCAAUUUCUAAAAGAAAGUGCAGGGUGGUAUUUUGAAAGUUGAAGUAAUUUGAUAUUCCUUGGUGACUCUGGUCCACACCUACUUCCCACCCUAUAAAACUAUACAGGA